AUCCCACAUCGCCUCAUGAACUCACAUCUUCCAAAUCCGACAUCUUCACCCCGCUCCUGCCAAAUCGUGGUGCCGGAGGGUCACCUGGGUCCACCCCCCAGGACAGUGGGCCUCCAGCUCUGGGCACCGCAGGCCGCACGGCAGCUGAUGCCACGCCCCGGGGCACUGCUGUUCUCCGUGAAACAGGCCGGGAAUGUUCUUUUCCCAAAGCCACGGGGACUCUGACAGCGACAUUUGUGAGGACGUCCCGUGCAGGCCGCUGUGGAGGCCGCCUCCGAGCAGGGCCUCACUCUAUGGGGUCCCGCUUUCUCCCUUGGCCACUGGAGCCACCGAGGCCGAGUGUUCUCUCUCUGCAGAGCCUCCCCUACCCCCUUAGGAGGCUACUGGGGUCUUCGGGCUUCCCAGCGGCUGGUCUGGUCCUUCCAGGGCUUGAAAGCGACUGACCCUAACCCACAGCUAACAAAAGCCUCCGGGUCAGGGGAGGAGCUGGUUUGGGGUCAGGCAAACGCCCCAUCUCAGCGUGAGCGGCCCUGACCCAGCCCCAGGCCAGCCCCUCCCACGUCUCAUCCACCACCAGUGGUGGGUCUGAGCCUCACCCUCAGGAUCCGAGUGGGAACGCGGCACAGACCCCAGCCUCGGGACCCCCGGCCCCCGGCCGCCCCAUCCUACCUGCCCGGAGCCUCCUCGGCCAGCUUGCUGGGGGCUGUUGGGCGGCAGCACUGCCAGGGGCGACCGCUCUCAUGUCCCACGGGGUCCGGGUGGUGUGGCUGCCAGGGGUCCCUGUGGGGAGAGCAGAGCUGCGGUUGGCGAGGGGAUUGGAGGGGGGGGCGGUGGUGUUGGAUUCUGCAGUCUCGGCUCUGAGCUCCCGCCCAGAACCCCCACUAGCCUGGGGCCUGAGAACAGCCACUCGCCACUCCCUCCGGAGAGCCCACCGGAGCUCCUGCGGGAAGACGCACGGGGAUCCGACUGCGGGGCGCUCUCUCCAGGGUGCAGGAAUCACAGAGCCCGGUUCCCCCUCCCUGAGGACUGCGGACCCCCGACUUCCUGUCUGGCCCCUCCCUAGGCCCAGGUGCGGGCCCUGCCGUGACAUGACCGUGACCUUUGCCUUCUUGCUCCUCCUGGGCCAGGCCGCGGGGGACCCAUGCUACGACCCAGGGGGCCACCCCCGCUUCUGCCUUCCACCAGUGACCCAGCUGGCCAGGGGCACAGCAGCCUCCUGCCCGCAGGCCUGCGCCCUCUCGCAGGGGACGGGCCUCAGUCCCAGGGCCAUCUGCAAUGGCAGCCUGACCCUGGCGCUGGGUGGCCCCUUCCUCCUGACAUCUGUCAGCCUCCGCUUCUGCACCCCGGGACCCCCGGCUCUCGUCCUCUCUGGCGCCUGGGCUGCUGGGGGUCCCUGGAGGCUGCUGUGGCGCAGACCUGCCUGGUCUGGGGCCUUAGGGGGCCCAGAGAGGGUAACCUUCCGCUCCCCACCGGGCCCUAAGGCCAGGGUAGUGGCCAGUCACCUCCGCGUGGAGGUGGGGGGCUGGGCGGGGCUGGCUGCGGCUGGGGUGAGAGGCCGCUGCCAGUGCCAUGGCCAUGCCGCCCGCUGUGCCGCCCGCGCCCAGCCCCCACGCUGCCGCUGCCGCCAUCACACCACCGGCCCCGGGUGCGAGAGCUGCCGCCCAUCCCACCGAGACUGGCCCUGGCGGCCUGCCACGCCCCGGCACCCUCACCCUUGCCUGCCCUGCUCUUGCAACCAGCAUGCCCGCCGCUGCCGCUUCAACUCCGAGCUGUUCAGGCUGUCCGGUGGCCGCAGCGGGGGGGUUUGUGAGCGGUGCCGUCACCACACGGCCGGGCGCCACUGCCACUACUGCCAGCCGGGGUUCUGGAGGGACCCCAGCCAGCCAAUCACCAGCCGCAAGGCCUGCAGGGCCUGCCAGUGCCACCCUAUCGGGGCCGUAGGAGGCGCCUGCAACCAGACCAGCGGGCAGUGCUCCUGCAAGUUGGGGGUCACAGGCCCCACGUGCAACCGCUGUGGUCCUGGCUACCAGCAGAGCCGCUCCCCCAGGAUGCCCUGCCAGCGAAUCCCAGAGGCAACGACCCCCCUUGCCACCACCCCCGGUGCUUACAGCUCUGACCCUCAGUGUCACAACUACUGCAACGUCUCGGACCGCAGCGUCCACAUGAGCCUCGCGAGGUUCUGCCGGCUGGACUUCAUUCUCCGCGCGCAGGUGCUGGCGUCCGAGGCGGCGGGCCCGGCGUGGCGGCGCCUGGCCGUGCGCGUGCUGGCCGUGUACAAGCAGCGGCCGCGGCCUCUGCGCCGCGGCGCCCAGGACGCCUGGGUGCCCCACGCCGACCUGGCCUGCGGCUGCCUGCGCCUGCAGCCCGGCACCGACUACCUGCUGCUGGGCAGCGCGGCCGACGCCCCCGACCCCGCGCGCCUCGUCCUCGACCGCCACGGCCUCGCGCUGCCCUGGAGGCCGCGAUGGGCCCGGCCGCUGCGGCGCCUGCAGCAGGAGGAGCGCGCCGGGGGCUGCCGCGGCCUGCGGCCCCCGACGCCGAGCCCCACGCCGGGCCCCUAGCCCAGCCCCUGCCGCCCGCGGCGCCCACCGAGGAACUUAAGGGCGACGCCGAGCAGCCGGGCCGCCUGACGCCGCUGACGUCACGCCGCGCGCGCCGGCUCUGCGCAGGCGCGAGGCGCUUCGCCCAAAAGGCGGGAACGUGCAUGAGGGCGUUUUGGUCCCCGAAGCCCCUCGUUCCACCUGUGACCCACGCAAAGUUGUCCCCGUAAUAAAGCCUCAAACUCUGGAGAAAUCUC